CAUAAAACCCAACAGAAGAAGAAGAAGAAGAAGAAGAAGAAGAAGAAGAAGAAGAAGAAGAAGAAGAAGAAAUGUUUGUGGAACCGGAAAUGACGCCAUAUGUUUGCGGUGGGAGCUUGUGGACAGAAGAGGAAAAGCUACUUUAGCUUAGCCGUGUUUUACCCGCUCAACAUUUAAACGCGUAGAAUUCCCACUGUUGCUGUAAUGGUUUGACCAAACCUCCAGCAUAUCCUAAUCCUGCAGGAGGAGUUAAACGGUAUUUCCAAAACGACCAACCGACUGUGGGAACAAUGUCCAGCCGCUUGGCCUUCCAGACCCAGCUGGCCUCCAUCAUGGAGGUACUGGCUAAUGCAGCAGUGGCGGAGAUCUGUAAGCUGGUGGACGACGACUAUGCGGUGGUGAGUUUACAGAUGUCUCAGUGCCAGAGAGAGAACAAAGCCCUGAAGAGGAAGCUGCAUCUGCUGGAGCUGAAGAUGGCCCGGGGAAAUGCCGAGAGGAGGCUCCGGGAGAGCGCCAUGAACAGCAGCCGACCAAGGGUUCAGAUAAACACCAGCGACAGGCUCCGAGAGUCCUCGCCUUCCGCCGAUGAUGUGUUUGAGCAACAGAUGGAUGUGGAUCUGUGGUCUGGCAGAGCUGCAGCAGGGAAUGCAACCAGCGAGCUGAUCCAUUCUGACAGCAUCCAGAGUAAGUCUCCAGACGUAGAGCUGGUGGAGCCAGAGGCAGUGCUAGUGAAGGAGGAGAAGGUGGAGGCAAACAUGUCACGAGCUGAAGAAACAGAGGGAGACGUGCCACUUAUAGGAGAUGAUGGAGUGGUGGAGUGUGUUCCUUGUGGAGCUGCAGGGCAGAGACCCAGCCUUGAACAGCAGGACACCCAGUUGCAGCCCCAGAUCCAGAGCAGCAGGACGAGGCGUCCCGGCAGCAGCAGCAGCAGAGGAGUGGAGAAGGAAGAGGAGCCAGAUGUGGUGCUGGUGAAGGUGGAGGAAGUGGAGCCGGUGACGGGGACUCUGAGCCAGACAGGCCUCAGCAUACAGGAGGGGUUGGUGGAGUCAAGCACUGAUGACUACAAAGCAGUUCUGCCAUUUGAUGAAAACACACAAACGUCCACCAAUCAGCUGUCUGACCUGCAGGAGUCUGGGCGGGGCUUCUCAGAGUCUGCAGCACCUCAGUCGACCCCUGUAACAUCACAAGGCCCCAGCAGUGUAGUGUCAGUCCAGCUGAGGGUACCAGACACCAACACACCAGCCAACCCUAACACUCAACAACAGCAGAGAUCCAGUAACAAUAACCCUCUGAGCUCUGAAUACUCUCUGUUUGAACUGGAGACAUUCUUCACCCGCUGGGCCCCUGAUAAUGACUCUGUAUCGGCCCCCGGUGGCCCUUCAUGUUCUUUCACCACUGAUGACUCAGCAGAGCGUGACCAGGAUGGAGUUAUUAUUGUAGAGACUGAACCACAACCUCACCAUGUGCUUCAGCCACCACAGGGCUCAGUUUCCUCAGCAGUGAGGACGAGUGGAGGAGUUCACAUCCAGCGGUCUGUGUCGCAAGGGGCUCCUGUAUCCAUACCUAUGAGGAUGCAGGCUCCAUCUUCCCAGCCUCCAUGGAGCAGAACACCAGCCAUGCUAAGAAGUGCACAGGCUCAGCUGCUGCGGCAGCCUCGUAACAGCAGCAGGAUCUGUGCAGAGACCACGCUGUCCUCCACCACAGCUGCUGUCAGUAACACUCACAGUGCUGGGAAAACAAGUAGCUCUGGUAUCAGCUCAACCAGUAGUACUAUGAGCUCCACUGUGACCGCACAGUCAGCUUUACCUGCCAGGGGAUCCGCAGCAGCGUUGGCCAGCAUUGAGGUGGCCAUCGCUGCACAGCAUCGAGCCAGCCUUCUGGCUUGCCACAAUAAAAGCCAGGCCGCAGGCAUUGUGCCCGGGGAACGCCGCAGGAAGAGCUACGUAUGCCAAGCCUGCGGCAAGGCUUUCUCCGGCCUGUCCAAUCUGGAAGCCCACGAGAGAGUCCACACGGGGGAGAAACCUUUCCGCUGCGACACCUGCGGGAAACGCUUCUCAGAGGCCGGGAACCUGAAGAAGCACCAGAGAGUUCACACCGGGGAGAAACCCUUCAGCUGUGACCAGUGUGGGAAGAGGUUCGCUUGGAUCUGCAACCUGAGGACGCACCAGCAGUCUGCCACAGGCUGCGGACCACAGGCCAGGGGAGGGUUAGGACUGGGCUGAUCACACAGAGUACACUGGAGCAGCAAUACAAAGGGUGAAACACUUACCAUAUUUACUUAUUUUGUCUUUCAUACUUUCCAGAUAUUUUCUGUCUUUGAUAUACUAUGGUGAAACACUGAACAACUAUUAGCUCUCAGUUAAAAGACCAAACUAGUUUUUUAUGCUUACCAAAGUGGGUUAUGUUGUUUUAGGGUUUUGAAGGUGUUGUUCCAGGCAGUCACUGCUUUCAUUUGAUGCAACUUGAAGUGCAGAUUGAUUUGAUAGUCAGCACUGCAACACCAUGCAACAAUAAGCUGACUUGUACAACAACAAAAUCACACGUUUACUGUGAUGAAUUUUUUUCAAGCAUCUGCAAGUAAAUUUUCAUGCUCUACGGCAUGUUAGGGUGUUAGGGAAAGCACAUUAAAUAUUCCAGCAGACUUUGGAAUGCUUUGGGAAAUUGUUGGUACUAAUGUAAUUUAUACUUGACUUGUGCUAAAUGGGCUAAAAUGUCAUCUGCUCUUUCUCUAACUUGUUCUCACGUGCGGACAGAAAUGCCCAAGUGUUGUGCCACCACCAGUUAACCUCCCAACUGGAAAGAGACAACAUUAGUUUAAUAAAAUAUAAUCCUACUGCACAUGUUUAAAUAACACUGGCGAUAUGACAUGUUUCUGUAGAGGAUCAAAUGGAAAGAACAAAUGAAGAGUUUUAAUGGUGCCAGCCCAAGCCAAAAGCUUGUUAUUGUGAAUAUUAAAAUGACACUGAAAGAUUCAU